AUGCAGGGACCACCAACAACAAAGGGAAAUGUAUGGCCUGCAGGGGAACAGGAACAGGCUGUGACCAGUGUCCCUGACACGUUUGAUGCUCGCACCCAGUGGCCCAACUGUCCAUCAAUCAAGGAGGUCAGAGAUCAGGGUGCCUGUGGAUCUUGCUGGGCUUUUGGUUGUGUUGAGGCUGCCACAGACCGAAUCUGUAUCCAGUCUAAUGGCAAAGUGAACGCCGAGUUGGCUGCUGAGGAUCUCACAGCUUGUUGCCACACCUGCGGUAAUGGAUGCAAUGGUGGUUUCCUAGAGGGUGCCUGGGACUACCUGAAAACUAGCGGUAUUGUCACCGGUGGUCCAUGGGACAGCAAGCAGGGUUGCCUGCCAUAUGAGAUCAAGGCCUGUGACCACCACGUUGUUGGAAAGCUCGCGCCCUGCCAGGGCGAUGGUCCCACCCCCAAAUGCAAGAAGGAAUGCGAAGCUGGCUAUAACGUCACCUUCACCAAGGACAAGCACUACGCCAAGAGCGCAUACGCAGUGAACGGAGUGGCGAAAAUCCAGACUGAGAUUAUGACUAAUGGACCUGUAGAGGCUGCAUUCACCGUCUAUGCUGACUUCCCCACAUAUAAAUCUGGUGUGUACCAGCACAAGUCCGGUCAGAUGCUUGGUGGCCAUGCGAUCAAGAUCCUCGGAUGGGGCACAGAAGACUCCACUCCUUAUUGGCUGGUUGCCAACUCCUGGAACGAGGACUGGGGAGACCAAGGCUUCUUCAAGAUCCUCCGAGGAUCCGACGAGUGCGGUAUUGAGUCCAACAUCGUUGCUGGCAUGAUGAAAUUUGAUUAGACGUUAUUUGAUUGCACGAAGUUAAAUAAGACCCUUUCUGCGUCAAAGAGAUUUUAUAAACAUUAAACAAAUACGAGAUUAUCUUUUGUUCCCACACAUUCAAAGAAAUUCGCUAAGACACAUUCUGCGUUUAAGAGAUUUUAGAGAUUAUCUCUUUUUUCUUGCACAUUCAAUGAUAAUGAAAAAGAUUUUUGUCUCUAUACAUUUAUCAGGCUUAAUUUAUUAAGUAGUCUGAAGCUGUUGUGUUAACAGUAAUAAGCUUCAAAAGCCAAGUGUGAAACUGUGGUUGCAUUACGAAAUUCAGCCAGAAAAUAUGCUAUAGUUUAUUUAGUUAUUUUUGUAUUUAAAAACUGAAAAUAACUUUCUACAUGUCAAUGAUCUAUGCAAUAUUGUUAAUAAAAAAUACAAUGUUAAA